CGGACUCACAUACCGAUUGAGGGAUAGAGUGCCCCUUCAGGUGAGUCAUAUGCAAAGGCUAGUCGACGUCAGCGACACCACUUUCCUUGAGAACCUCCGUAUGGACAGAAACUGUUUUGGUCGCCUUUGUUUCCUCAUUGAAAAUUUAGGGGGUCUUGUUCAAUCUAGAAACGUUGCUCUGAGUGAACAAGUUGCCAUGUUUCUUUCAAUCCUCGCACAUCACAAGAAGAAGGUCACCUUGAAGUUUGACUUUACGAGAUCAUGUAGAACCGUAAGCAAGUACUUUAACCGUGUACUUGAUGCGGUAAUCCACCUUCACACCGUCCUAGUCGCCACACCUAAGCCAGUUGAGGAUGAUUGUUCAGAUGCACGGUGGAAAUGGUUCAAGGGGUGUCUAGGAGCACUAGAUGGUACAUACAUUAACGUCCGAGUCCCAUCGAAAGAUAGAGGAAGAUAUAGGAAUCGAAAGGGUCAAGUAUCAGUUAAUGUACUUGGGGUGUGCGAUAGAAAUAUGAACUUCGUCUACAUGCUUUGUGGAUGGGAGGGGUCUGCUGAUAAUCGAGUACUAAGAGAUGCAAUCACUAGGGCAAAUUCUCUUCGAGUCCCAAACGGACAAUAUUAUUUGGUGGAUGAUGGUUACACUAAUGGUUCUGGCUUUCUAUCGCCAUAUAGGGGUGUCAGAUAUCACUUAGAUGAAUGGGGUACAGGGUCCCGUACUCCACAAAACUUUAGAGAACUCUACAACCUUCGGCAUGCCAAAGCUAGGAACGCGAUUGAACAUGCUUUUGGCGUUCUAAAAAUGCGUUGGGAAAUUCUUAGGAAGGGCGGCGCAACCUCUAAACACCGUGUGUGGACAUCGACUGAAGAGAAUGCCCUAGUUAAUGCUCUAGAGGAUAUUGUAACCGAGGGGUGGAAAACGAAAAACGGCUUCAGAACUGGCUAUGCAUUUCAGUUGGAAAAAAAGAUGAAGACAUAUCUUCCCGGAUGUGAAAUUCGUGCUGACCCGCACAUAACUUCCAAAAUGCAUGUUUGGAAGAAAACAUAUGCGAGUUUGGCCAAUAUCAAAGCAAAUAAAUCGGGUUUGGGAUGGAAUGAUGUUUCAAAAAGCUUCUCUUAUGAUGAUGAUAAGUACCAAUCGUUGAUGAAG